CGUUUUCUCCAUCGCCAUCCAAGCAUUAAGCUUGGGCGGCCUUCAGGACUUGAUCCAAAACGGGGCCAGUGUUUCAAUAAAACAACAGUCGAAGACCACUUCAAGCUCCUGCGUGAGAUCAUGGAAGAGCUUGGCAUCCCAUGGGAGAACGUAUACAACAUGGAUGAGAAAGGUUGUCAACGAGGAGGAGGA